UACGUGGAAAUUGCAUUUAACUGCCAAGUACCAAACCCUUUAUAACCACCUUCUUCUAUUGAGCGCCAAAACACACACAAACUACCCUCUCUCUCUCUCUAUUUUCUCUCUCUCUAAACUCAAGAAAUCAACCACUCAACUCGCUCACUCACUCUCUACUCGUUCGCUCACUCACCCAUUACUCGCUCGUUCACUCACCCAUUACUCAGCUCGCUCACUCACUCACUGUUGUGCAAUGGAAAAUGAACAGCCAAAAGAAGAAGACAGUGGAGAAGCAAAUGAUGGUAUUGAUUUGGAUCUCCAUUUGAUGGAUACAAACGUGGGAUAUCCAGUUGAUGGAGAAAACGUAAGGAUGGCCAGCGAUUAUUACAACCAGAGCAUUGAUUUGAAUGUACUUCCCACGAUCAAUGCUUCCCCUGGCCAAGACUUCGCUGGAAGUUUCGGUAGUCCUAUUGCCAACACAGUCCGUGGUUCUUCUGAUAUGCAGAACUUUCCUGAUGGAUUUUCGAGACUAGGGGCGGAUGUGAGACGACGCCAGGCUCAAAAUUCUGCUGUGUAUUGUAGUCGAACACAGAAUGAAGGUGGUGUUUCCUAUGAAAGGUAUGGUAUGGCAAUGCAAGAUGCUGGAGGCUUUCCGAGUAGAGGGAUGUCAACUGAUCUACAGCUGAGUGUAGGGAGGUCCUCUACAUCACCUAGAGAAAUGAGUUUUAGUCCGAUCCCAUGGCGACAAACGGAUAGGCAAAAUAUUCAUACCCAGAGUAGGGGAAUGUUAGAACCUGCGAGGCAAAGGGCUGACUAUUCUCAUGACAUACACGUUCAAUCUUUUCCAACCAGUUCCCCAGUGUCGAAUUUUGGAAUCCCGUUUGGUGAACCUAAUGAUCCGCUCUUUCGGGAAAUCAGGGCUGAAAGCUAUCCAAAUGUAAAUGUCACAAAUUUCCAAGGUUUACCAAGUAGUUCAUCAGUUCCCAUUCCGAACAUUAGAAACCAAGUUGGCGCACCUAAUGCUAGGAGUACUCAGAAUCUCCUAAUGGGGUUUCCAGAAUCAUCAUCUUCUUCUGAUAGAAUUGCUCAACAACUACAAAAUCUUCAGUUUGGAACUUUCACGAACUUUUCACAUUCUGCCAUUUCUCCCUUCAAGGAGUUUACAAGAAACAGGCCCUUGCUGGAGCAAUCAGGUCAGCAUAUUCAAACAAAUACUUCUGCUGCUCAAGCUGCUAAUUUUGGUCAACUUGGCAUGAACAUUGGAGUUCGACCUGCAACAGGUCAGCAUAUUCAAGCAAAUACUUCUGCUGCUCAAGCUGCUAAUUUUGGUCAACUUGGCAUGAACAUUGGAGUUCGACCAGCAAAUCAAGAAAUGCCAGCAGUAAAUUUGCUUACACUGCCUCUCGGAUUUUCUCCUGGACCAUCUCAUAGAAGGGAUGCAACCACUCCCUCGGCUACUGCGCGAAGAGUUCAGUUCUCAAAUUCAAGAUCUAUUAUACCUUCCCGUCAAUCGUCUUCUUCAAGCCCAUCCGCCUCGCGAAGAGUUCAGUUCUCAAAUUCAAGAUCUAUUAUACCUUCCGGUCAAUCGUCUUCUUCAAGCCCAUCCGCCUCGCGAAGAGUUCAAUUCUCAAAUUCAAGAUCUAUUAUACCUUCCGGUCAAUCGUCUUCUUCAAGCCCAUCCGCCUCUUCAAAUUGGGACAGAUUAUUGGAAGCUAUAAAAGAAAAAUCUUCUGGACCAACGGGAUUGAACUGUGGCAUAUGCAUGAAUGAUCUGGCAUUUGCACCGGUCGAAUAUGUACCCAUGGAGAACUCAGAACUACUACUACCUUUCGUUGAGCACACGAUGCUACAAACACCUACCGCUGUGUUGGCUUGUGGUCACCACUUUCAUGAUUCUUGCUUAGAGAAAAUCACUCCUGCAGCUCAAGCUCAUGAUCCUCCGUGUAUCGCUUGUGCCAUGAAUCCCAGGACUAGCUAGAUCUCAUCAUGGUCAAUCAAUUUCUCACAUCUUUUUGCUUUUUGAAUUUUGAUAGACUUAGUCAGGAGGAUACAUAUAGAAUGGUGAAAUGAAAUGUUAAUAGAAGAAUGGCUCAAUAUUGUAUACUCUAGCAACUGUAUAUAGUAUAAACACCAUGACAUAUCAUAGCAUUAAAACCUGAAACAGCUGGUUAUGUGAAAUUUUGAUUUGUAUAUCAACAGGCUAUAAGGCUUUUGUUAUUCAA